AUGGCCUCAGCUUCACCAUUCACAGAUGUGCAAAACGAAAUCACAUGCCCCAUCUGCCUGGAGUGCCUGACAGACCCCGUGGUUCUGGAUUGUGGGCACAGUUUCUGUCAGGUCUGCAUUACCAACUACUGUGAGAAGUGGGACGCACUGGGGUCCUUGAAGUGUCCUGUCUGCGAAUUCAAGUUCCAGAAAGGGGAUUUCCGUCCAAACUGGAUGCUGGGAAACGUAGCUGAAAAAAUUAAACUGUUGGCACUAAAUAUUGUUGAAGGCUUUCACGGUCAAGAACCAAUGUUGGCACUAAGUUCAGGACAAGGAGAUAUUUGCUCUAGACACAAAGAAAAACUCCACCUCUUCUGUGAAGAGGAUGAAAAAUUGGUGUGUUUUGUUUGUAAACGAUCCCCAGAACACAAAGGACACAAAAUAUACCUCCUGGAAGAGGCUGCUCAGCAAUAUAAGGAUCAGAUCCGUGGAUACCUGGAGACUGUGAAGAAUGAGAGAAAGAAAAUUCUGGCAUAUAAAGCAGAUGCUGAAAAGGAAAGCCAAGACAUGCUUAAAACGACUAAAUUGAAGAGAGAGAAAAUUGUGGCUCACUUUGAACGAUUACACAAGUUUCUAUUAUAUCAAGAAAGACUUACACUAUUCCAGUUGGAGGAGUUGGAGAAGGAGAUUGCAAGCAAAAAGGACGAACACCUGGCCAGACUUUCUGAGGAACUUGCCUCUCAUGAAAGUCUGAUUCAGGAGAUGGAAGAGAAGCAUCAGCAACAAGCUAUUAAAGUUUUGCAGGAUGUCAGAAGAACCUUGCAGAGGUAUAAGACGAAGGAGAAGUUUGAUAAUCCAGAGGCUUUCCCUUCUGAGUUAAAAUGGAGGCUCCAGGGCUGCUGUGAGAUCAAUCCCUUUCUGGAGGGCAUCAUAAAGAAAUUCCCAGAGAGUUUAGUUUCUGGGCUCCCGAUGCAAAGAGCAAAGGUGACUCUGGAUCCAGCCUCAGCUAAUACCCAUCUCUUUCUACAUGAGGAUCAGAGAACCAUGACAUGGCAAAGUACAACUCAAGAACUAUCUGAAUAUCCUGAGAAAGGCUAUGGCUUUGUGCUGGGCUGUGAAGGAUUCACAGCAGGGUGCCAUUUCUGGGAAGCUGUUGUGGGAAGUGGAGAAGGCUGGGCUGUGGGAGUGGCCAGAAAGCCUGUGAUGGGAAGGAUCACCUUGACUCCUGAGGAAGGGAUCUGGGCUGUGUGGAGGUGGAAGGGCCGGUACAAGGCUUCCAUUAAGGGCAUCGAUCCUCCCCUGACCCUGAGCGGGAAGCUCAAGAGGAUCCGAGUCUGUCUGAACUACGAUGGGGGUCAAGUGGCCUUUUUCGAUGCCAAAAGAGCAGCCCUGCUCUAUGCUUUCUCAGAAGCCUCCUUCUCUGGAGAGACCCUUCAUCCCUUCUUUGCUGUGUAUGAUAAAGGCUACCUGAAGCUCUUGUCCUAA